GAACUAAGGGACAGCAUAUUCUCGCGAACCUUGAACUCCAGUUUCAUUGAGGAGGCCUUCCGUACGGCACACGCGGCCGACCCUAACGCCAAGCUAUACAUCAAUGACUACGAUGUCGAAGGCGUUAACAAAAAGUCGGACGCCUUAUACGCAUUGGUCAAGGAGUUGAAGGGUAAGGGAGUGCCCGUUCAUGGGGUCGGUUUGCAGGGUCACUUCAAGGAGAAUGAAAUUCCCUCAACUUAUCAAGAUAAUAUUAAACGCUUCGCUGAUUUGAGACUCGAUGUAGCCAUUACUGAGCUUAAUAUCCGGUAUAAGUUACCAGGCUCAGCUGAUAAGAUUGCCAAACAGGCCCAGGAUUAUAGUCAUGCCUUUAGCGCGUGUAUGAACGUGGACAGGUGUGUCGGGGUAACCGUUUGGGGCUUUACCGAUAAAUAUUCUUAUUGCAGUGAUAAGGGUUAUGGGGAACAGCAGUUAUGGACUCAGGAUUAUAAACCCAAACCUGCCGUAGACGCUGUCGAUAAAGUUUUGAAAUAA